GCUCACCGGGACUUGCACGCUGCCUUUAUAAUCCGCUCUCGCUGCCGAACCCUAGCUCCUCUUGCCUUUCUGCCCGCCCACCCGUCUCCUCGCCUCGCCGUCUCGCCCCACGCCGCCGCCGCAAAGAUGCCGUUCAAGAGGUUCGUCGAGAUCGGGCGCGUGGCCCUGGUGAACUACGGCAAGGACUACGGCCGCCUCGUCGUCAUCGUCGACGUCGUCGACCAGAACCGGGCACUUGUGGAUGCUCCUGAUAUGGUCAGGUGCCAGAUGAACUUCAAGCGUCUUUCGCUGACCGACAUCAAGAUUGACAUCAAGCGUAUCCCUAAGAAGGCAACUUUGAUCAAGGCCAUGGAGGAAGCAGAUGUGAAAACCAAAUGGGAGAACAGCUCAUGGGGUAAGAAGCUUGUUGUCCAGAAGAGAAGAGCAUCGCUGAAUGACUUUGACAGGUUCAAGGUCAUGUUGGCUAAGAUUAAGGUGAGGCAUUUCACUACCAUCUGGUUUAUUAGUGUAGGGCAUGCCUUUUUCACCUGCUUAACCUGUCAUUUUUCAUAUGAACAGAGGGGUGGUGCUAUCAGGCAAGAGCUUGCCAAGCUCAAGAAGGAGGUUGCUGCUUAGAAUAUCCUAGUGGAUGGCAUGUUGAGUUUUUUGUUCCAAGUUGGAUCUGCUCUAUGUUCCAGUGUUCUUAAAGCCAGAAUUAGUACAACUGUUUUCAGCGAACUAUUUCAUAUUUUGUCAUGGCUGUUAUUGAAUACCCAAGCUAGUUUGCUACAGAUGUGCCUCUUGCCUUAUUCAUAUGUGAUAUGUUGCCCGGUUCUCUGUUUUUA